AUGAAUGGAUUAUCAAGAGCUUAUCUUAUAUUUAUAUAUAUAAUAGGACUUGGCUGUAUUGCUGUUUUACUUGCAUACGUGCAACACGUACUUCUUUCCAUAUCUGGUGAAAGACAAACAUACCGUAUACGUGAAGCUUUGUAUCGUUCCAUACUGCGUAAAAAUGUUCCUUAUUUUGAUGUAAACAAAGCUGGAGAACUAAAUACAGUACUAUCUUGUAAUAUUGAUAAAAUUCAUGAGGGAAUUGGUUUUAAGUUAGGUUCAAUGGCUAUGGCAAUAAGCAUAGUCUUAGUGGGCAAGUUUACAAUUAAAGAACUAAAAGCUUAUUCAAAAGCUGAUUCCAUUGCUCAAGAAGUAUUUGGUUCUGUUCGCACAGUUUUUGCAUAUAAUGGUGCUGGUUACGAACAUCAAAGAUAUAGCAGCCAUUUGGAUGAAGCAAAAAAAUUUGGAAUAAUAAAAGGAACAGUGUAUGGUUUGUUCGUUGGUUUCACAUGGUUCAUAUUUUUCUCCAUAUAUGCAUUUGGAUUUUGGUAUGCAUUUAAAAUAAUCCAAGCAGAUAACAAUCAAACUAUUGGCAAUAUUCUCGUUGUACUUAUGUGCGUCAUAGAAGGAAUGUUGUGGCUAAAUUCAACGUCAACUCAGUUUCAGAUUAUUGUAGAAGCUUGUGGUGCGGCAACGCAAGUCUGGCAAAUCAUUGAUGAGACAAGUCAGAAUUCACCAAAGUCUAAUCUUGAUAUUAAAGACAUAGAUUUAAUCGGUGACAUUGAAUUUGACAAUGUACAUUUUAGUUAUCCGUCAAGAUUUGAUGUAAAAGUAUUAAACGGUCUAAGUUUCAGGAUUAAAAGUGGUGAAACAUUAGCUCUAUUGGGAAGUAGUGGUUGUGGUAGGGUUCUUUUUGGAACGACAAUUUUGGAGAACAUAAGAUAUGGUAAUGAUGAUUCAACAAUAGAUGAAAUAGUAGAAGCAGCUAAAAAGGCAAAUGCACAUGACUUUAUAAUGGAAUUACCAGAUAAAUAUGAAACAUUAGUUGGAGAACGUGGUGCACAGUUAUCAGGUGGUCAAAAACAGCGAGUUUGUAUAGCCCGUGCAUUAGUUAAUAACCCGAAAAUACUAAUAUUUGAUGAAGCUUCCAGUGCAUUAGAUAUUCGAAACGAAAAAAUUGUACAAGAUGCAUUAGCGGAAGUGUGCAAGGGCCGUACAACAAUAAUAAUUGCUCAUCGUUUAUCAACCAUACGUAAUGCAAAUAAAAUAUGCGUUAUCGAUAAUGGUCGUGUAAUAGAACAAGGUGAUCAUGAAACACUAAUGAUGAAUAAGUAUGGAAAAUAUUAUUCACUACAACAAUUACAACAAUUAGAAAAUAUUAAUAAGGACAUAAAUACAGAAGAACAAGAAUUAGAUGAUGAAGUGAUUGUAGACGAUCGUCACAAAACUAGUACUUCAGAUGCAAUAGAUGAAAUACCUUCGAAGCCAAAAGUAUGUUAA